AUGCGCGAUGAGCUUCGCGGGUUUCUUGCGGAACUCCGCAAGACAUUUACUCACCAAGUCGGCCGCGCAAACGCACGCUUCGCUCACGUGAAGAUACCAUCAUACCGUCUUGAUGUCCCCAGUUUGAUGGAAGCGAUACGGCUUUGCUCUAUGCAAGACAAAGACGAUGGUGGCAUGCUUAUUGUCACCUCAGAGUUGGAGAAGGACAUUGGUGUUGGAGUUGAGCUCUCUUCACAAUCACUCCUUGAUGUACUGAACUUCACCGAGUUCUUGGACUGCAUAAAGAAGAAUCGAGGUGGCCUUAUGCGACGAAUGAAUCCUGCUUGGCAACGGUAUCCGUCUGCUGACAAGAGAUAUAUCCCUGUCUUGCCUCGGAACCUCCUGAUCGUUUUCCAGAUCGACCCAACGAUUCCUGCCGAGUGUGCACUAGCUCUUAUUUCUCUUGUAGACUGGGCCUUGAAAGCUUCGUCCACACCGAAGACAAAUAUACGAGUGCUUACCUUGUGCAGUGACGACGACUGCAACUUUCUCGCCAAGCUCGUGUCCCUUCAGGCGCCGGACGUCGUGGUGAAGGAUUUCAAUCUUACCCGAGACGAAUAUCCAGCUAGCAGAGCGUUGAUACACUGCUCCCAGGACGAUGCUGAUGCGGCAGCCUUGAUAAUGGCCGAUAUAAAGCAAGAGCCUGAUCUAUCACAGCUUGUGGUAUCAUUUCGUCCCUUAGACCCUACGGAUUUCGAAGAAUUUGGAGACCAAUUCGACAGCAAAUCUCUGCUCUCUGGGGGACAAGGAUAUGUGCUUCGAAAUGCUACUCAGCGUCAAGGAAGAGGUGCCCAUGUUUGGGUAACCAUAAACCCCGCCCUAGCGAUCCUUCCCGUCGCUUUCGAGGGUUAUGACAAGAUGCACGUUUUGCUUGAGUCAGCACAUGCGCCUUCAGUUUGCUGGAGCAGCAAGAGUAGACAGAUGGUAUCAAUGCGUCGGUUCACAUCUUCCGAAGAGCGCCUCUCACAACUCUUGUGGGCUCGACAGCCCUUUGCUAAGCAAGUAUGCCUCUACACUCGAGAAGAGUGUAUCGAAAGCGAGACUGAAGGAUCGUCAUCUUUCAGGGACGUUGAGUUUUCUCGCCAUCGUCAUGUAGAGAACGCUCAACUUGGAGGAUUCAUCGCUGCCGUUGUCGACAUCAGUUCAAGUUUAGAACUGAAUGUUGAUGGGGUGCUCGCAUGCUUCGUCCGCUGCCCCUUACGAGUGGACGAAAUGACACACAGGCUCGAAUUGCAACGAAUUGUGUCUCAUGAUAAGCUAGCGAUGAAUCCAAGCGAAUGCGUUGCAUUCAAAAUUGUGCUGCCCUUGGUCGGAUACGACCAUCGACUUGCGUUCUUCGUGGCUCUUGAUUGCGACGAUGUCGUUCGCAAGGUCAAGAUCCAGCUGGCUGCGAUCCUUGCUAUUGACAUUGCCUACAUGUUCGGCUUGGACGUGACCGAGCAAAUGGAUCCCUCUUGCAGCAAGGCUCAAGAGAUAAUGGAUGCGUGCUGGGGGUACGGCAGCGCCCUCGCUCGGCAAGGGACGAUGUGGCUCACUCUCGGCAUCUGGAAGUACUACGAGAGAACGAUCAGCGAUGGUUCAGCGCCGAUGUUGGACGAGCAGACUGUCUUUCCUACGCAGGGCCUGACCGAGAAUGCGAAUCUCUUGAAACGCAGAAUCGCGCAAUCGCUGCUGGGCCACCGGAUCGAAUCGAGAGAGAGCGAGCAUGUAGAUCGUGAGGACAAGGACAUUGGCGAAGAAAGGAAGAAGCUCCUUCAGGCCCAACUCCUGCAGGCCUAUGUCUUCCAGCUAGCUUCUGGAUGCUAUCCGAAGAUCGAUGGUGUGCGAAAGCCGGGACGAGGCUUUAGGCACAAGGUACUCUCAUCAACGGGAGAAGCCCAUGUCGCACCCGACCAAUAUGGUUUGACGAGCCUAGUCGAUGUCGAGAGGCUGCUUCUCGAGUCCGGGCGCGAUUUCGUCUUGGGUAUUUCUCACUCGAUGAGGCGUAACUCCAAUGGUGGAGAGGAACUCUUCAUGUCCGACUGGACCAUGAUACCGAUCAGGGUUGUGUGUGAGUGGUUAGUCAACCACGCACCGGGCCUCAACAUCCACGCCGCGCUUUCAUCUGGGAUCCCACAUUACCCACAGGAUAAUAGCGAGUUUUUUUUAAUGAACUAG